AUGGACAAGUCAUGGAUUAGCAUGCCUCGUAAUACACCAGAAUAUGUACAAGGAUUGAAUAAAUUUUUGGAUUUCGCAUUUGAGCGUAACUCUGGCAUAGAUCAUAUACUAUGCCCUUGUAGAAAGUGUGGUUUUAAGAAGUUGAAGAUAAGGGAUGAGGUGUUUGCCGACUUGUUACGUAGUCCCUUUCCCAUUGAAUACACGGUUUGGUAUCGUCAUGGGGAAUCACGUUUAGGAGAAUCCUCCCAAAGCUUACCUAUUCUAGGAGAGGAGGUGCAUUGCAAUGCGAAUCCAAUGAUCAACUUGGUAACGGAUGCAUUUAGGGCUCAUGGAGAUUAUACUUUUGAAGAUACUUCCCCUCUGCAUGAACCUUUGUUUGAAGAUGAUAUGAUGUCAGACUUGAAUGAAGAGUCAAAUGUUGAGGCUAAAAGGUUUUGCCAACUUUUGAAAGAUGGGGAAGAAGUAUUGUAUCCAGGAUGCAAAAAGUUCACAAAAUUAUCAUUCUUGAUAAGACUGUAUAACAUUAAGUCUUUGUGUAGAAUCACUGACAAAGCUAUGUCUAUGCUUAUUGACUUGUUGAGUGAUGCUUUCGAGUUUGCAAACAUUCCCAAAUCAGAAUACGAGGCAAAAAAAGUCAUGAGGACUCUUGGACUUUCUUAUACUGAGAUACAUGCUUGUCCUAAGGAUUGUAUGUUAUAUUGGGGAAGUGAUGCUAAUAGGAAGAGUUGUAAGGUUUGCGGGAGGUCUAGAUACAAGUUGAUGAAGAAUGAUCGAGUUGGUGAUAAAAAGAGGAAAGAGCAAGCAACCAAGAUUUUUCGCUAUUUCCCCUUAAUACCUCGUUUGCAGAGGUUAUUUGCUUGUUCCAAGACUGCUGAAAAUAUGGUUUGGCACUCAAAAGACAAAAAAAAUGAUGGAAUAGCAAGGCAUCCAAGAGAUUCAGAGGCUUGGAAGAACUUUGAUGUGAGAUAUCCCGAUUUUGCUUCGGACCCUCGAAAUGUGCGACUCGGUCUUGCUAGUGAUGGAUUCAACCCCAAUGGGUCAUUGGGUAACAAUUACAGCAUAUGGCCCAUUGUUCUAAUCCCUUAUAACAAUCCUCCUUGGCUGUGUAUGAAGCAAACUAACUUCAUUCUUUCAGGUAUCAUCCCAGGGAAAAAGAUGCCAGGAAAUGAUAUAGAUGUUUAUAUGCAACCAAUGAUUGAAGAGUUGAAGACCUUAUGGGAGGAAGGAGUGGAGACUUAUGAUGCUUCAAAAAAUGAAGUGUUCAAGUUGCGUGCAACUCUUAUGUGGACAGUUAGUGAUUUCCCCACCCUUGGAAAUCUAACUGGGUGGAACAUAUAUACAGGUUUGGCUUGUCCAACCUGUAAUUUUGAUGCACGUCCUCUUCGUCUUCCAUGUAGUAAAAAAUGGUGCUUCAUGGGCAGUCGUCGCUUUUUGGAUAAAGGCCACAAAUUUCGCCUUAAUAGGGUUCAAUUUGAUGGACAUAUUGAAGAUAGGGAUCCACCAAAACGUAUGUCAGGAUCAGAGAUUUUGAAACAAGUAGAGCAUGUUCAUGUUACAUUUGGUAAGCAUACAAGUGGUAGAAAAAGAAACCGUGCUGACUUGCCUGAACAAUGGAAGAAGAAGAGUAUAUUUUUUCAACUUUCAUAUUGGGAGUUCAAUAUGCUUCGUCACAAUUUGGAUGUUAUGCAUAUAGAGAAGAAUGUAUGCGAUAACAUCAUAUAUACUCUGCUUAAUGACAAAGAUAAAAGAAAGGAUCAUUUGAAUGCUCGAAAGGAUCUAAUUGAAUUGAAUAUUAGAGGUGAACUUUGGCCAAAAGAGGAUGGGAAGACAUGUCCUGCAGCUUUAUUCACAUUGAAGAAGCAAGAGAUCGAUGUUAUGCUUGAGACAUUGAAAGAUAUAUCUGUGCCAGACGGUUAUUCUAGCAACAUUUCUGAAUGUGUAGAUUUAUCUGCACGUAAGUUAUCUGGUCUGAAAAGUCAUGACUCACAUGUUCUUCUACAAGAUUUCUUACCUUUGGCAGUAAGGAAUAUCAUGCCUAUACAAGUGUCUUCACCAUUGGUUGAACUCUCAUCUUGUUUCAAACUCAUAUGUUCAAAGGUGGUAAACACUUCAGAGCUAGAUAAUCUUCAAAAACGAAUUUCUCUAUGCUUGUGUCACUUGGAAAUGUUUUUCCCACCAUCAUUCUUUACUGUCAUGGUUCACCUUGUAAUCCAUUUGGUUGAAGAACUCCGACUCGGCGGACCGGUCCAUUAUAGAUGGAUGUAUCCUAUAGAAAGGUUCCUGGGAAAUUUGAAGUCACACGUUGGCAAUAAAGCACGUCCUGAAGGCUCGAUUGCUGAAUGGUGGAGAUCUGAAGAAAUUAUUUCAUUUGCUUCAUUGUAUCUUGAAAUGGGAGUUGAAGAAAGGUUCAAUCGAGGAAGGCGUGUCAAUGAUAAGCUGGAUGACUCACUUCAGUUAUCUUCUUCUCUCUUCCCGUGCAUAGGGAAACCAGUUGGUGGUGCACAACCUUUUAACUUAAGUGACUCUGAAAUUUUGCAAGCAAGUAGACAUGUUCUGAUUAAUUGCACAGCUGCAAACCGCUUCAUCCAGGAAUUUAGAGACAUAACCAAGAAGAAGUUACGAAAUCGGACAAGGUCAGCAAAUGAAAUAGAUAAAGCAGUACACCGAGGAAUCGUAGAUUGGUUUAAAACUCGGAUUUUAAAUGAUAAUGUAGGGUCACAUUCAAAAGAUCUCAAGGCACUUGCAAGAGGCCCCAUGAGAAGAGCAAGAAAGUUUUCUGCAUAUGACAUCAACGGGUAUAGAUUCCGGACCUUAGUCCGAGAACAGCUUUCAAAGACAAGCAAUAGUGGUGUGUUUGGCAGCUUUGGCACCAACAGCUAUGCAAGCUCAAGUGAUAUGAGACCAGUUCAAGGUUUAGUGCCAUACUAUGGUAGAUUGGUUGACAUCAUUGAGCUGAAUUAUUACGGUAAUUUUUCUGUCACUUUGUUCAAGUGUGAAUGGGCCAAUACCAUCAAUCCUAGAUGUAUGAAGAAAGAUGCAUUAGGCUUCACGUCAAUCAACUUCUCCCACUUGAUUCAUACCGGUGAUCGAGAUGAUGAUGAACCAUUCAUCAAGGCUGAUGAAGCCCAAAUGGUUUAUUAUGUGGAGGACAAAAUGGAUAAAGGAUGGAGUAUCCCUGUACAUAUCAAACCAAGAGAUCUGUACGACAUGGGUUCCAUGGAGGGGGAUACAGUUUAUGAGAGUGAGGCAUUUCCAUAUCAAGACUUAGCUAGUACAUGGGUUGAUGGCAGUUCACAAGUGCAAUUGUCAAGACUUGGUGUGGAAGUAGAGUUUGAGUGA